GCCGAGGCAGAGGUUGAAGUUAACGAUUCCUUGAUGCGGUUUUUCGAUCACUGCGCCAAGUUUGUCGCCUUGGUGGAAGAGAACGAGGCGGCGAUGUACCAGGUGAAUGCCUUCAAAGAGGGGCCGGAGAUGAGGAAGGUCUUGGAGAAGGUUGCGAGUGCCUUGUGCUUGCCAGUGGAGGAGCUGAACGCAGACCUUGUUCAAGUGGCUUUUCUCACCUGCUCAUACGAGUUGGCUAUAAAAAAUGUGACCUCCCCGUGGUGCUCGCUCUUCAGUGAAGAAGAUGCCAAGGUACUGGAAUACCUGAAUGACCUGAAGCAAUACUGGAAGAGAGGAUAUGGCUAUGACAUCAAUAGUCGCUCCAGCUGCAUUUUAUUCCAAGAUAUCUUCCAGCAUUUGGACAAAGCAGUGGAAGAGAGCAAAAGUUCAAAACCCAUUUCUUCACCUUUGAUUGUACAAGUUGGGCAUGCAGAGACACUUCAGCCACUGCUUGCCCUUAUGGGUUUCUUCAAAGAUGAUGAGCCUCUCAAGGCAAACAAUUACGUCAGACAAACGCAUCGGAAAUUCCGCAGUGGCCAGAUCGUGCCUUAUGCAGCCAACCUGGUAUUUGUGCUUUACCACUGCGACCAAGUGAAAACCUCUAAAGAAGAGUAUCAAGUGCAGAUGCUGUUGAAUGAAAAACUGAUGUCGUUUCAUCACUCAAAUGAAACCAUCUCUACCUACGCGGACCUCAAGGACUAUUACAAGGACAUCCUGGAAAACUGCCACUUCAAAGACGAGUGUGAAUUACCAAAAGUUAAUAUUACUGCUGUUGAUGAGCUUUGAGGGAAUGAAGUGGCGUGGGUGUUCUGCAAAUUGAUCUCGGUUCCAUUCGACAGAGAUUGUGAACAGGCGCUUCUGAUGAUUUGCUGCUGCCAUGUCGACUUUCUAAACUUGCAGAUUUGAUGGGCAGUCUCAGCUCAAUGCACUGUUUAUUUAUUACGUAAGCAGAAUUACAAAAACAAAUGCUGUAACAGGGAUGUUGCUGAGCAUUUGUAGCAAAUAUGUGAUGCAAGAUGAAGUGUACCUGUAUGUUUAUAUGUACAAAUAAGUAAUUUCAUUGGUCAUUCCUCUUAUGAAUGUGCCAUAGAUGGAUUUAAGAGCUGGGGCGACUUCUGUUUUAUCAGAGGUGAAGGUGGUUAGACUGAUUCAGUAUUGCUUUGCUGCACUGCCUGUUUUGCUAGCUACUGUUUUCCUGUGGCAGGCAUGAAAUAAUUCAGAACUGUGAGCUUUUUUGCUCCUUUUCCUGAGCUUCUAGAAGGGGGAGGGUACGUAGUCCUUCUCCACUGCCCAACUUCUGCCUGGACAGCACCAUAGGAACAUCUCUCUUGGGCAUUUAAAGCAGGAGGAGUUGCAGUGUUCCUGCAUGCAUUAUCUGCUUGAAAAGGGUCCAUCAUCGACCCAUCCCGCAUAGCAAGUUAGCCUUCAGGGUAAGUAAAUUAUCUUUUUUUUAAAAAAAAGAAAGUAGUAAAAAAAAAAAAAGAAUAUUGCAGGAGUGGGAUGUAGCCACUCUUUCUUUAAGGUGCUCUGGGAGAUGCAGCGGUUGUUCUCUCGGUAGUCUGGUGUGUCCUUUCACUUGACACCAUCACUUUCUUGUGUUAAAGGCUUGGCCUAGGGCCAAAAGUUCGGCUCUGCUAUGGCUAGGAACAUCUUGGUCCUGUCCAAGUGCUGGCAGUUUUCCUAGCAGCUCUGGUUGGAAGGGACCUCUGGAGGACUCCAGUCCAGCCCCCUCCUUGAAAUGGGAUCAUUGCUAACCCUAAAUCCAGGCAGGUUUUGGACUGUAAAAAGUGUCUGGCUGAGACUUGACUUCUGCUAGCUUUAAGGCACCGAAUGUGGUGUCACUUAUGCAGGCCUUAUGCAUUUGAUAUGCCACCUUGUUCUUGAAAUGAAGCUGGCUUUAAAGAAAUUAACUGCAUACAAGUACUGGUGACGCCUUAAAGCAACUGCACUUAAGGUAGGUUCACUUGUUACUGACAGUUGGAAAGUGUUUAAGCUCUGCCAUGCGAUGAAGAUAAUUGUCCAGAAGGGUCUGAAAUGCAGUUAAGUCAGAUAAAAAUGCCUUUAAUGCCCAGAAGGGAAUGGCUGUGUGAACAACUUGCCGCAAAGCAAAUGAGGGUGUGGAUUUAUGGUGCUGGUAGCUCUUGAAGUGUGUACCCACAUCCUAUAACGAGUGUUCCAGAGCUUACCUGGUGAAGUGGGGCAUAAUUUGCUGUGUUUACUGGGGAGUUGGUAUAAGCGAUUACCACAGGGUAUCAGGUGCACUAUAAAUAUUUAUACCCUCGUUUGCUGCGGGGUAACUUCUUUUUGUAGGCUCACCUUCAGAACUGGGAACUUAACUGCCCCAAAAAUGGGAAAGAGAAAGCCAAACUGGCUCAAAGUUGAGGAGUCAAACUUAGUGUAUUUUUUCUAUUAUUUUUCUUGAGGAUUUAGGCUUCUGUCACUUUUGUUUCUAAUAUGGCUUUUAUAAAAGCAUUUAAGGUUUACAUAUCUGUAAGUUAGAGCAAUUGAAAACCUGUUUUUUACCAUUGCACUCUUGAGUUAAGAGCUCUUCCCUAUGUUGGGACGUUUCAUUGACGCACUGAUUUCUGUGGAGACCAAGGUUCUGAUUGCUGCAGAUACUGGUUAAAACUGGUGGGUAUUUCAGCAUUAACACCCCGGUGAAAUGCUUUCCUGCAUUUAGCUCUGCAGCUCUCUUCCUGAAACUGGUGAAAUGGCCAGGGAGGAGUAUCGAUGCUGAAACAAGUGUAGGAAUAUAGGUCAGGAUAAUUGUCAGCCCCAGCAUAUGACUUCUACUGCUGUAUCAGCUUUGCAUGUCUCCUGUUUUACAUGAUCCUACCUUGAGGCUAAGUCAACUGAUCACGAUUACUGUGACAGAUGCCUGUUACAAACUUUAUUGCAACAUGUGAGGUCAGCUACAAAGAAACAAACCUUUGUUUAAAGGCGGUUAAGUUUGGUAAAUAGCAGAAACAAGGAUGAGAAAAUCCACCUUUGAACAAGUAUUCUUUUUUUCUGUGAGUCAGUCAUCCCCUGGUGAUUCACGAUUUAAACAGAAGGGAUGAAAGCCUGACUGCUGGACGGAGGAUCUCUGUUUGUCAGUUCAGUGAGGCUGAUUUUAAGACAUCAUGUUUGUUAAAGGUUACAUCCUUCUUUCUUAUGGAGGAGGAAUGUGUUGUGCUUGACUGCUUUUUUUGAUCAUGUGCCAGAUGAGGUGGAGGAACCAAAAAACUCUUCCUACAGCGAGGCGUCAUUUGCUUCCGCAUUACCAAGUUGGCUGUAUGCUUAAAUUCUGUGCAAAGGGCUGCAGGGAUGACUCUUCAGGGGCUGUUUCCUAUCUUGCUUUGAGUGCAGCUCCGUCACACCUCCAGCAUACCCGAUACAACUCCAGUGGCUGUCAGCAAUGAGCUGGAAAGGAACGUGUGCUGUUUGGAUUCUGAUCUGUAUUUAAAGGAUGUGCUGACUCACUCCUUUGGCAGAAUUAGAGGCUGAAUGUGGAAACUUUGCACAACUGUAGCAAUAGAAGUGUUUGGACAUGUAAAUGUUCUAGGCACUUGUGACUGAUUCUUACCAUUAGGGAGGUGACUUCAGUGUGACCCUUUUAUUUAGUAAAUAUAUACAUUUGUUUAUAUACUGAAAACUAAAAUGGAUCACAAUAUUUCCAUGCAGUUGGGCACUAGCUCAGUGAGCAGCAUUCAGACAGGCUGCCGUAUCUCAUGGCAUUGCAGAUGACCACAUCCUGAAAAAGUCCUGCAGGAAAAAUAAUGCCUUCUCCUCCUUCCUGUGGCUCUGGACAAAACACCUCAUCUCAGUCAUCCGUCAAGGACUUUGUUUGCAACCUUCCUCAAACUGGAAGCUUUCAUUGAUGAAAAAUACCGACAGUGUUCUUGGA